CCCCCCACCACCAAAGCCUUUCAUCUCUCUCCGGUUGACCCGAUAAAGUUCUCUAGCAGAGACGCACGGAUCUCUAUCUGCACGUAUUACGUCAUCUGAGAUCGGAACCUCUCGUUCUCAGAUCUAUGCUGUGUCACCAGAUCUGUAAUUAUAAUGGCGGAGACUCUCAAAGAAGACUCAAUCACGAUUCGCGAGGUCUGGAACGACAACCUCCUCGAGGAAUUCGCGCUAAUCCGUGAGAUCGUCGACAAAUUCACCUACGUCGCGAUGGACACGGAGUUCCCCGGCGUGGUCCUCAAGCCCGUCGAGACCUUCAAGCACAACAACGACCUCAACUACCGCACCCUCAAGGAGAACGUCGACCUCCUCAAGCUCAUCCAAGUCGGCCUCACCUUCUCCGACGAGGACGGCAACCUCCCCACCUGCGGCACCGACAAGUUCUGCGUCUGGCAGUUCAACUUCCGCGAGUUCAACAUAGGUGAAGACAUCUACGCGAGCGAGUCCAUCGAGCUUCUCCGCCAGUGCGGGAUCGAUUUCAAGAAGAACGUCGAGAGCGGGAUCGACGUGGCUCGCUUCGGGGAGCUCAUGAUGUCGUCUGGGAUUGUGUUGAACGAUUCCAUCUCGUGGGUUACUUUUCACGGAGGUUAUGAUUUUGGUUAUUUGGUGAAGCUGCUGACGUGUAAGGAGCUGCCGGCCAAGCAGGCGGAUUUCUUCAAGCUGUUGUAUGUGUACUUCCCCACGGUGUACGAUAUCAAGCACUUGAUGACGUUCUGCAACGGGCUGUUUGGAGGGUUGAACAGGCUUGCGGAGCUUAUGGGUGUGGAGAGAGUUGGGGUUUGUCAUCAGGCGGGGUCGGAUAGCUUGCUUACGUUGGGGUCGUUUAGGAAGCUUAAGGAGCGGUAUUUCCCUGGUUCGACUGAGAGAUACACUGGUGUUCUGUAUGGUCUAGGUGUGGAAGAUGGUGGUGGUACUAAUGUUGCUAAUUAAGAGGAAAAUAAUAAAGCUUAAUUAUUGAGAGAAGUGGAUUAUUAGGUUUUAGGAUUUGUGAGUGUGAACAGACCAAUUAGAACUUGUCUAUGUGUAAAUUGGCAAAAUUUGGUUUUAGUGACUCUUGUGUCUUUGUUGUUCUGUCUUUCAGAAAAACCCCCCCUUUGAUCAAAUUAGGGAUUUUUGUUUAGCUUUGAGUUUCUGAAUGUAUAUCAUCUCAGCUACCCGUUUCAAUAAUAAAUAAUCCCCAAAUUAUAAUUUUA